CAUUUCAACUCUCUGUCAUGUCAUUAUUGUUUGUGAAGAGUUUGUCACUAUACAGUACUCUGCUGGAUAUGUGGAUCUGCCUUCGGUUUGGAUUGAUGUUUCACAUUGUGGAUUUUGUCUUUGUUUGGACAUUCCCUGAGCUGACUGCUCUCUUCAUAUAUGUUGCCGUUAGGGGCUAUAAUCGACAAGCACAACCUGUCAUUUCAUUGUUAUGCAGAUGACCUGCAAAUUUAUCUGCCUAUGAAACCUAAUGACAGUGUUGCACUAAACUGCGUGCUUAAUGGCAUUAAUGAUAAAUUGUGGCUCUCUCGGAACUUAAUCUGAAUGAAGACAAAACUGAGUGUAUUAUCUUCAGUACAAAAUUCAUGUCAAACAAUCCCGCUUUAAGUCUGGGAGCUCUGACUUCAUGCGCCAAGCAAACUGUCAAAAAUCUGGGUGUGACAUUCAAUUGUAGCAUGAAAUUUGACAAACAGAUAAGCAAUGUUGUCAAAACGAGCUUUUUCCAACUUCGUCUCCUGGCUAGUAAGUAAAGCCUUUUCUUAACAGGCACGAUCUAGAAAAGGCUAUUCAUGCCUUUAUUAGUUCAAAGCUACAUUAUUGCAACACUCUUUAUGUUGGUCUAAGUCAAACAUCCAUCUCACGUCUUCAACUUGUGCAAAAUGCUGCUGCUCGCUUUUUAACAAAUACAUCUAGAAGUGCACACAUCACUCCCAUUCUUUUUACACUACAUCGGUGUCACCGGUACCAAAACCAAUCACCAUAAAGAGGUGAUGAAGAUUAUGUAGACUAAGGAUCCUAAUUAUUAACAAAGGUUAAAAGAGAGAUGAAUAUCUCUCCCAUGAUUCAUAGUGAAAAACAGUGCACUUGACCGACUUGAAACUGACGAUACUGAGAUGACAGAGCCUCACUGACUGAAAAGGCUCUCCACAGUCCGCCGUACUCGGGGACUACAAAGACCUGACCUUUGACCUGUGUUCUCACUUAGGUGGUUGACCAGAAGACAGGUACCUGACCUGUUCUGACACUACAUCUUGGAGGGAAACCAGAUGCCUGGUGCUUUUCUGUCCUGUUGCUUAUUGUUUUUGUUGUUUAUUUUAUACUGAACUGGAUAUUUGUGUGUCUGCACCCAUUUGCUGCCCUUUAAUGACAAAAUGCACGCUAACAGAUUCCCACAGGAGAAGCCAGAACGGAUGCUGGCAGCUCAUUCUAUGUUGUUGAAUGUUACUGUUUAACCCUUUCAAAACAUGGUCCAGACAGUUGCUCAUGUGUGUCCCAAGGGACCACGUGGGCAAAAGGGGGGAGGUCGACUAAGGACUGAAUUAACUGAUCUAAGAGAUUACAAUGACAUUUGUGAAUAACAGUGUUAAUGUUUUUAAGUGUUUUCCUUUAAUUGAUAUUGCCUACAGUGCGGAUGGAUGAUUAACAAGGGUUAACACCUUAAAGUAUGAGGUUGAAUCUGCUUCGAUGCUAGACUUGCAGCUGUUAGACUAGCAGAUGUUCAGGGACAGAAAUGAAAGGUAAACUGUCUGUGUUAUUGGACACGAUGUUAUUGGUCACUCUGAACUCCAAGAUUAAGACUCAGUCAGAGAGGGUGAGACCGGUUUAGAACAUGCUACUGUCUAGACAGAGCUCUCUCAGAGAGAUUGUGGAGCAAAAGAAUCUGUCUUUCCUACAGAUCCAGACAUGAUCUUAUGGUGGAUUGAACUAACACCAUGUGAAUAAAUGAAAUGCUGUCUUAUAAUUUUUGGCAUGUUAAGUAAAUUGGUUAAAGUUUUCCAUAAACAGGAGGCCAGAGCGGUUUUCGGGGGCCUUUCCAAGUGUUUUUAACCACAGAAACCGCAGUGAAAGUCAUGGGACAGGAUACCUGGGUCCACGCCAGCCACUGUAAGUCUAUCCCAGAGCCCUGCGACGAUGUCGCGCCUCCAUCCUCUCCCAACCAGCUCGAGCUCAGCAGACCAGAGGUGCUAAGGACAGCACUCCAGAAGUAACAACAAGUCACUAUAUUCUCGGUAUUUUGAAUUGACCGUACAUAUAGCCAUAGGUCAUAACAUUCACUGUGGACUUGAGUGAGGGAGAGGGAAGAAGAAAGAAGCAGGUAGCCAAACACUACACUACACGUACUUGAACUACAGAGUGACCAAAGAGGAAUCGAUGAUGGACUCCGGCUCCACAUGGCCGUGGCACCUUUUCCCGUUGCCUGGAUGGGAGUCGUUCAUCUCAGGGGUUCAAUGUUGUUUUUGACUGGUAUUUCUGUGAUUAUGGUUUCCUAUUCUGUACACAUCUGACAAACAUCCACCUGCAUCCCACUUGAUCACACUGAUACUGCAUAGUCUCAAUAGAUCAAAGCGCGCAGUAGCACCACUGAGCUUCCCACCGGAGGGGAACGCCUGGUGAUAGAGUGCUGAAUAGUUCUGUGCGCGCCAAUGUAAAUUCUAGUUGCUAUGCAUGCAUGACCGGGAAGCUACGCUUUAGGCAGUUGCCUCUGCCUUACACAGCCUGCGCGGAACGCUCACAUGUAGUUUCCAAAUUUAAACCUUUCCCACUCUCCGACGCCUGCCAGACCCCGGCGGAGGUGAGACUCAUUCCAAGGUUGACACGGCUGGUCAGUCGGUGGGGCAUUUUCCUGGUGUGGGCUCACACACCUGGGACCGCACAGUAGACAACAACACAGACUGCCACACUGCAUACAAGCCUAGCGCUGACAUGCUAUGCAUCCCUGACCUGUACUGGUCCUGUGGGAGUGGCCGGCUGUACCGAACUCAACGCCGGAAGGAUGGAGAGGUACAUGCGCGAGAGUAGUAUUGGCAUUGGAUGUCCUUAUCAUGCCAUACGAAGCCUCACAGCCUCACAGGCAGAAAUGCUCCAGCCCAGACUUUUUCUCCAUUGAUCCUAAUGUGUUGACAGAGGCCAUCGCGGUGCCCUGAGGGGUCCCACAUGAGUUUAAAGAAAGAAAUCAAAUCGCGACCGUGUUUGAAUCAAGUCUGUUGAUGUGGGUGUACAAUUAACAAAAAGAUGGAGAAUGGUGGAUACUUUCAUUACAAUCAACCGUCAAAGCUUGUGACUGUUAAAUAUUGAGAUAUUAACACGUGAUUGUCCGAAAGACUAAUUGAAUUCAUUUUAAGGAAUUAAUCCACAAAUAAAGACCAAACUCUUUAUUGUCAAUUUCUUUCCGGUGACAGGACCAUUAGAUUGGAAUAUAAUUUCCACGACAUAGUACAUCGCAGAAACAUCAACACAGCAAAGCUGUUGGAACAGCAGCUACAGAGAGGGCAUGAGUCACAUUGUCCGCAGGACAUCACUCUGAACAAGUUUGGACAAGCAGUAAUUGGAUCCCUGCCACCCGAAAAGGCUGUACAGCAUCAGCCCUCACCAGUCGGCACUCCACUGCAGCAACAUGGGCUUCACACUGAAGCACACAAAGUUUUUUCAAAUGUCAAACAUACAACCUGUUUUGCCAAUGUUGUUGCUGACUGUAGUUGUUCUUUAUAGAUCUGUAGGACCAUGCAGAGCUUCAUGGACACUGCAAACUCAUCCUGGCGAAGAGCAGCUGCUCAACUACAUCUUGGAUAUUGAGCAGCCAGAAACAGAGUUAACUAUCAAACCACAAAUGAGUUGUUUGAUACGUGCUGACUCUUCCAGCCUUGGCUUGAAUAAUAAAAUGGAAUCAACUGUUGGAAACGCAUGUUUCGAGCUUAUCGAACGAAUUGCUCAAUCAAAGGGGAAGACCAUCUUUGUGGCCGAUUUGUAUGUUGUCCCAACAUGGAGGCACCCAACUGCAUGCAACUCACUCCGCUCUACCUAAUUUUAGAAGCCUUUCACAGUCAAUAAAUCCUGGACCAUGGAAAGAGAUAACUGGUUUGGAAAUAGAGGUACAGAUACAGUAGGUAUAAUUUAUAUUUAAAUGUACUGUAAAACUUUAACUAACAAAACCUUUCUGACAUGCUAGGGUUUUCAAAGACAACCAUACGGGAAUCUUGUUCAGGACACACAUGAUCUGAAUUUCUCUGUUUUGAAGAUAUUACAUUAAUACUUUUAUGGACAUUCCAGCUUUGCAAAAAUGAUGGUGUUAUGCUGAUGGAAAAUUUGGACCUUGGCAGACCCCAGGUUCACCAUGCACAAGAUCCACUGCAGUUUGGAAACCAGGAGAAGGUGGGUGUGGAGUAUGCCAUCCUCUAUCUGCUCCACAGGGCCUACUCACAUCUGGACAAGGCGAGCGGCGCUGUGAGAAUGACGUUUUUUGAUUUCUCCAGCGUCUUCGACACCAUCCGGCCACUCCUAAGAGAAAAGCUGACAGAGAUGAGGGUGGACCCACGCUUGGUGACAUGGAUUACGGACUACCUCACAGAGAGACCACAGUACGUCAGACUGAAGGGCCACACGUCAGACACUGUGGUCAGCAGCAUUGGAGCACCACAGGGGACCGUGCUCUCUCCCGUCCUCUUCACCUUGUACACAUCUGACUUCCAGUAUAACACCGGGCUCUGCCACAUACAGAAAUACUCAGACGAUACUGUGAUAGUUAGCUGCAUCAAGGAUGGACAGGAGGAGGAGUACAGGAGCCUGGUAGUGGACUUUGUGAGGUGGUGCAGGACCAACCGUCUGCAGACCAAGGAUAUGGUGGUGGACUUCAGAAGGAAGAAACCACAUCUCCAACCUUUGUCUGUGGAGGCCAGUGUCCUCUUUUAUGCUGUAGUUUGCUGGGGAAGAAGCAGCAAGAAGAGAGACGCCGGUCGACUGGACAGACUGGUGAGGAGAGCUGGCUCAGUGGUGGGCUCAGAGCUGGACUCUCUGGUGACAGUGGCAGAAAGAAGGACCCUGGACAAACUGCUGUCCACACUGGACAACGCCCACCACCCUCUGCACAACACCUUCAUCGGACAGAGGAGUGUUCAGUGGCAGACUGCUGUCCCUGCCCGGCUCCACCAACAGACUUAUAAACUCUUUCGUCCCCCCCAUCAGACAGUACAACAGCUCCCAGUCAUGGUAGGGAGGACAAUAGACAAAAGAACAAUUUCUACCUCAAUCAGCACUCCAUUUUGCACUGUUUACUGUUUUUGCACUGUUUUACUGUGUUAUAAGUUAUUUUCAUUUUAAUUCUAUUUUAAUAUAGGUUUAAUGUAUGUUUAAUGUAUGUAUGUUUCGUAUGCUGCUGGAUACUUGAAUUUCCCUCAGGAUAAAUAAAGUAUAUAUCUAUCUAUCUAUCCUGUUUUAUAGUAUACAGUUGUUGGGGUCACGUAGGUUUGGUUAUUGGCUGAAUAUCAGAGAUAUUCUAGAAAUAUUAAUAAAAUUAUUAAUAUCAAAAUGUAUUAAUUGUCAUUAAUAAAUAUGGGGCACCACCCUGGAAUCAGGGACCAACAACCAAAUAUUAAAUCAGUCUGAAAAGGAUUUAUUCACCUAUAAAUUGUCAAUAAUCAAACUUGUGUAAUUCUAGGGGGGUGAGUGUAACAGAGUCAAAUAUGUAACAUUAUAAUUACACAAUAUUCUAUGUAAAUAGUGAUCACCUGACAAGUAAGUUAUCCUGUGUUAGAGGUAAGCUGCUUAAUAACCACAGAAAGUUGUGUGUUUUAGCCUACUAGCUUAAACUUGUGUAAUAUGCUAAUAUAUUCCUUGUCAUUUAACUUGUGUAGGGGCUGAAGUUGUAACAUAACAACUGAC